AUGAGAUUGUCAUGGGCGAGACAGGCCGCAAUUACAGGCCUCGUCGCCGUCGCCAUAGCAGACGUCUUGCCGCCGGACGACAUUCCGCUCAUGUGCGUGACGAUCUGUGGUCCAAUUGUCGAGUUGACAGCAAAAUGUGAUGUUCACAACCAUCGCCUCGCGAAGCGACAGCCAAACCCUGAGUGGGUUCCAAAGUUGGCCGUGGAACCGCUCGAGGAUGAUGGACUGCAUAAGAGAAGCUUCUCUAUCAUCAGGGCUGCACCGACGUCAUUUCCUCCACAGUUCGAGCCUCAAGAGAGCACGACAUCAUCAACUUCAAAGUCAACGUCAACGUCAACGUCAACGUCAACGCCGACUACCAAGUCUACGCCGGCGUCUAUGAAAUGGGUUGCGGACGACACCAGUGUGGAGGAGCAGACAAUGACAAUGAGACAUACCUUGAUGACUUCAUCGUUUGUCAGCUCGGCAGUAACUCAACCUACCAAGACUCUUCAGGGUGAUUCAGGUACAGCGAGCAUGACGAGUUGGGGAGCUAGUUUGCAGACCCAGUCAGUAGUUCCAGAGGAUGAUCCGGAGAGGGAAUGUGUAUGCAACAAUACGAGCUUUGAUGUGGCCAAGAUCGCCGCGCUAUGUCAAGACUGCAUCGUUGUUGAUGGGCACAAGCAAAACAACCUGGAUGUUAUCAUGCGGUCAUGCGGGUUCAAGCCACUUACUUACACUCCUGACCAGGACAAAGCGGCGGAUAACGUUCGGGUCGAGGCGACGCGGCCGACUGCCAUGGGUACGAAGCAAGACUCGGCGAAUGCAGGUGCUGGAAUAGAGUCUGGUGGUAAUUGGGUUAUUAUUUUCACUUCAUUGUUAGGACUCGCCUUGGCGGUAUGA